AUGAGUGAAAUUGCCCCAUUAGGGAAGCUGAAAGAUUGGUUUUACAGGGUUGAAUACCAACAGAGAGGCUCGCCUCACAUCCAUAUGCUCAUAUGGCUUGAAAAUGCACCUGUAUUUGGUGUUGAUAAAGAUGAAGAUGUAGUGAAUUUCAUUGACCAAAUAAUAACUUGUAGAAAGCCUGAUAAUAAUGACACUGAAUUAUUUGAUCUUGUAAACAGACAAACUCAUAGACAUUCCCACACAUGCCGAAAAAACUCCAAAAAAGUUUGUAGAUUUAAUUAUCCUCAGCCACCAAUGAGAUCAACACAAAUACUUCAUCCACUUGAUGACAAUGCUUCUGAAACUGUCAUAAGAGCCAGAAAAGAGUUGUGGAAAAAUAUUAAGAAUAAACUAAAUGAUUUGAAAGAGGGAGAAGACGUAACAUUUGAUCAACUUAUGAAAGAACUAGAUGUUUCAGAAUAUCAAUAUAUUCUUGCAAUUCGAUCAUCACUAAAUUGUCCAACAAUAUUUCUAAAAAGAAGUCCCAAUGAAUUAAGGGUUAACAAUUAUAAUCCUGCUUGCCUCCAAGCAUGGAGAGCUAACAUGGACAUUCAAUUUGUGCUGGAUGUAUAUGCCUGUGCAAUGUACAUUGUUUCCUAUAUUUCUAAGGCUCAAAAAGGUAUGAGUGACUUGUUACGUAACGCAUGUGCUGAAGCUAAAGAAGUUAAUUUCACCAUCAAACAACAGGUUCGUGACAUUGGCAACAAGUUUUUAAACUCUGUUGAAAUAAGUGCACAAGAAGCAGUGUACAUCAUUCUGCAACUUCCCAUGAGAAAAUCUUCUCGAAAUGUUGUAUUCAUUAACACAUCUCCUCCAAGUGAUCGCGUUGAACUAUUGAAACCUCUGAGUGACAUUGAGAAGAUGUCAGACGAAUCUGAAGAAAUUCACUCUGGUGGACUUCUGAAACGAUAUGUAGAGCGACCAGACAGUUUAAAAAAUAUUACAUUAGCUGACUGGGCAGCAUGGUACGACUCAUGUGGGCUGAACAAGUAUAAGAAAUCUGUUAAAAAUCAGAUAUUGACAACCUUCCUUUGGAAGAUGAAGAUGAAAAUAAUGAUGAUGACCUAGGUGUUCAAAACACUGAAAGUUGUGUUUCAUCUAAAAAGUCGGUCAAAAAAAGAUCACAUGCAAGAAUUAUCCGCAGUGUUUGGUUUAACAAAGAAUCCCAACCAGAAAAACAUUAUCGUGAGUUGAUCAUGCUUUUCACUCCAUGGCGAAAUGAACAGGCCGAUUUAAUGGGAGCUUACUCUUCCUUUCAAGAACAUUACGAAGCUCGUUGUGAUGAGAUCAGUGAACAAAUGGAACAAUACGCGGUUUGUAGUGAAGACUUAAAUGAAAUUCAACAUCACUUACAAGAAUGUGAUGAUAAUGCGUAUGACACAAUAGCACCAGUUACACAAGACAAUGAACGUCGGGAUGAGCACGAAGGUAAUACAGAUACACAUCCAGAUUUAAAUGAAACGUAUGAUGUCUCUGAAGACUUGGGUAUCCCAUCAAGGUUACCUAAUAAUGAACCACUUAUUUUAAAUGAAAUGGAAGAUGAUGAAUACCGACGUUUGGUUCAAAUGCUAAACAAGAAACAAAGGGAAUUUUUUUAUCAUGCUUUACAUUUAAUGAAGAUAUCUGAUAAUCCAUUUUAUGCCUUUUUAAGUGGAAGUGGAGGGGUUGGUAAAUCUCACUUAAUUAAGUCAAUUUAUCAGGCUGCUUUAAAGCACUAUAACAAACGAGCUGGCGAAGACUUUCGUCGCGUUCAAGUAUUAUUGCUCGCUCCAACAGGAAAAGCAGCUUAUCUAAUUAAAGGAAACACAAUCCAUAGUGCCUUAUCAAUUCCAGCGAGCCAAUCGCUUAAAAUUUAUAAACCACUGGACUCUGGUAGGUUGAACACUUUACGAUGUGAGCUGGGUGCAUUAAAGUUGAUAUUACUUGAUGAAAUAUCAAUGGUUGGAAACAGUAUGUUUACAAUACAGUUAAAUAACCGUUUAAAAGAUUUAAAAGGAAGCAAAGACGACUUUGGUGGUGUUAGCAUCAUCACAAUCGGUGACUUAUUUCAACUUAAACCUGUCAUGGAUGGCUACAUUUUCACUGAUCUCCAGUCUUUAAACUAUUAUAGUGUUCUUGCUCCAAAUUUAUGGAAAAAAUAUUUUAGAAUGUUUGAACUUGAUGAGAUCAUGCGACAAAGAGAAAGUAAGAUGUUUGCUGAAAUCUUAAACAGGUUACGAGAAGGUAAACAUACACCUGCUGAUCUUUAAAAGCUGAAGGAAAGAUGCGUUCAGGAAUCGAAUUGUCCUCAAGAAGCUCCACGCUUGUUUAUUCAAAAUGCUUUAGUAGACAAAUAUAAUGAACAAGUAUAUGAAUCAUUUACUGAUAAUAGAUAUACAAUUAAAGCUCAAGAUAGUGUUAUUGGAGCAGCUUCAGCUAAACUUAAGGAAAAAAUAAUGAGGCAAAUACCUUAUGUUCCGUUAAGAAAUUCUAAACAGUUAGCUCACAAGUUAAAACUUGCUGUUGGGCAACGUACAGAAGUUGCAACAAAUGUGCGAACUGAUGAUGGUCUUACAAAUGGGGCGAGUAACAUUAUCAAGUUGAUACAGCUCACUGAUGUGAAUAAACCUUCGGGUCUUAUCUGGGUCCAAUUUGAUUAUGAAGAUGUUGGUAGAAAAACUCGUCAAGAAAACAGAACGCUUUAUGUCAGAGGAAUUCAAAGCACAUGGACACCAAUUAAACCUGUCACAACCCAAUUUCCAGUCGGUAGAACGAAAUCUGCUCAAGUUGUUAGAAAACAGUUCCCAUUGCGACCAGCAUCAGCAAAAACUGUUCAUAGAUCACAAGGUGAUACUCAAACACAGAUUGUUGUAAACCUAAACAGCAACAGAGCUUUUCCUCACAUUCAUUAUGUUGCUUUAAGUCGAGUUACAACAAUAGAAUGA